UCACUCUGAGUCAGGCGGUUUAGCGUGCGGCAAUUUUUCACUGAAAGCAGAGGCCAAGUGUUAUUCAUUUGUUUGAAUUUUUUUAUUAAAAGUAGCAGAACACAAACGAAACAUGUCGACAUUGGCGAGUCCUUUAUCCAUCGCAGGCACACGACAGUCCGGCGCCUCAGUGCGUUCGCAGAACGUGAUGGCAGCUCUCUCUAUAUCAAAUAUUGUGAAGAGCUCGCUGGGUCCCGUUGGCUUGGACAAAAUGUUGGUGGAUGACAUCGGAGAUGUGACGGUGACCAAUGAUGGAGCCACUAUUCUGCGUCUGCUUGAGGUGGAGCAUCCAGCUGCCAAGGUGCUGGUGGAAUUGGCCCAGCUGCAGGAUGAAGAGGUGGGCGAUGGAACCACAUCUGUUGUUAUUUUGGCCGCCGAGCUGCUGAAAAACGCCGAUGAGCUGGUCAAGCAGAAGAUUCAUCCCACUUCCAUCAUCUCCGGUUAUCGUAUUGCCUGCAAAGAGGCCUGCAAAUACAUUUCCGAGCAUCUGACGGCUCCAGUGGAUGAGCUGACGCGUGACUCAUUGAUCAACAUUGCAAAGACUUCGAUGAGCUCGAAGAUCAUUGGUGCCGAUGCUGAGUUCUUUUCGGCUAUGGUUGUAGAUGCGGCCCAAGCUGUCAAGAUCACCGAUCCCAAGGGACAGACAGCGUAUUCCAUUAAGGCCAUCAAUGUGCUGAAGGCUCAUGGCAAAUCGGCUCGCGAAUCUGUAUUGAUUCCUGGCUAUGCCCUGAACUGCACCAUUGCUUCGCAGCAGAUGCCCAAGAAGAUUGUGAACGCUAAGAUUGCCUGCCUUGACUUCUCGUUGCAAAAGACAAAGAUGAAGAUGGGUGUCCAGGUGUUGAUCAACGAUCCCGACAAGCUGGAGGCCAUUCGUGCUCGUGAGCUGGACAUCACAAAGGAGCGCAUCAACAUGAUCUUGGGCACCGGCGUCAACGUUGUGUUGGUCAGCGGCGGUGUCGAUGAUCUCUGCAUGAAGUAUUUCGUUGAAGCAGGCGCCAUGGCUGUGCGUCGUGUGAAGAAGAGUGAUCUGAAGAUUAUUGCCAAGGCCACAGGCGCCGCUUUCCUCACAUCAUUGACAAAUAUGGAUGGUGAAGAGAGCUUCGAUGCCUCCAUGGUGGGCGAGGCAGCUGAGGUGGCACAGGAGCGCAUCUGCGAUGAUGAGCUCAUCCUCAUCAAGGGCACCAAAGCACGCGCUGCUGCUUCCAUUAUUCUGCGUGGUCCCAACGACUUCUACUGUGAUGAGAUGGAGCGCUCCGUCCAUGACGCUCUCUGCGUGGUGAAGCGUGUGCUUGAAAGCAAAAAGGUCGUUGCUGGCGGCGGCUGUGUGGCUGCUCUCUCCAUCUACCUCGAGAACUUUGCCACUUCGCUGUCGUCGCGGGAGCAAUUGGCUAUUGCCGAGUUCGCCAAAUCAAUGUUGGUCAUUCCCAAAACACUGUCGGUAAAUGCCGCCAAGGAUGCUACCGAUUUGGUGGCUAAACUGCGCUCCUACCACAACUCCAGCCAGACAAACACUAAGCACGGUGACCUGAAGUGGACCGGCUUGGACUUGAUUGAGGGUGUGGUCCGUGACAACAAGAAGUCCGGCGUUCUGGAACCAGCCAUGUCCAAGAUCAAAUCGCUGAAGUUCGCCACAGAGGCAGCCAUCACAAUUUUGCGCAUCGAUGACAUGAUUAAGCUGAAUCCUGAGGAUAAGAGUGGCAAGAGUUACGCAGAUGCCUGCGCCGCUGGCGAGCUUGAUGGUUAAAAGCUAUCAUAGUUAGUGGCUCAUCAACUAUCAUUUCUUUAACUCUGUUAGGCAUUUAAUCUUAUGUAUCACCAACACUCACUGCAAACUUUCGCCCACCCAUUUAUUUGUAAUAACAAUUUAAUUGUUUCGUUUGCUAACCUGCGAUUUGUAUUAAUUCCGCACCAUAAUUCAAACUUUCUCAUUCACGUAACAUGCAUAAUAAAUGGAACUUCAGAAUAUGCUGCGGCGUAUGCCAAAACUACAA